AUUGAAAAUACGAACGCUGACUUUUUUCUCCUAAAGUGAAAUAAGUGAAGACGCGUAGGAAUAAUUAAAAAAAAACGGGUCUAAUUUACCGUAGAUAAAAGUGUGAAGUGUUUUUUUUUAAAUUGUAAUAGAGACUCAAAGUAAGUAUUAAUAAAUAAUGACGUUGAAGGAACAUUUAACAAACGGACUGUCCAAUCCAUCUGAGCCUCAUUCGAAGCUGUUUUUGAUGAACGAUAGUUCUAGAAGGGAGUCGAUCAGCGGUAGUGUGAUGGACGGGCUGACAAUAGAGUCGAGUAAAGCAACUUACACCGUGUACAAAAUAAGGUGGCUGAUAUUGACAUUGUUCGUAUUGUAUUCAGCUUCGAAUUCGUUCCAAUGGACGCAGUACGCGAUAAUCGAGGACACGGUACUGUCUUAUUACGGCGUCAGUAGCGCCGUCGUGUCUUGGACCUCAAUGGUGUACAUGAUCACGUACGUGCCCCUGAUAUUCCCUGGAAGCUGGCUGCUGGACAAGACGGGUCUGCGGGUGACAACGAUACUUGGUGCGUUCGGUACCUGCGCCGGAGCAUGGCUGAAGGUGUUCUCCGUGCCCCAAGACAUGUUCUGGUUGGGCUUCGUGGGUCAGACGGUGGUGGCCAUCUCGCAGGUGUUCAUCCUAAACGUACCACCGCGGCUGGCGGCCGUGUGGUUUGGGGCCGAUCAAGUGUCGUCCGCUUGCAGUAUCGGCGUUUUCGGUAAUCAGUUAGGCGUUGCUCUCGGAUUUUUGCUGCCUCCGAUGCUGGUCAAAUCGACCGGUACUAUGGAAGAGAUCGGUCAUGAUUUCCAGCUCAUGUUCUACCUGGUCGCCGGCUUCACCAGCGUCCUUUUCGUCUUCAUACUGCUAUUCUUCAAAGCGGCACCGCCAACCCCGCCAUCAGCGGCUGCUGAUCUUGGCUCAACUAUCGAUUCUAACUUCUUGCAAUCGAUCAAGACGCUACUAAUGAACAGAAACUACGUGUUGCUGCUUAUCUCGUAUGGCCUGAACGUCGGUACAUUCUAUGCUAUCUCGACUCUGCUCAAUCGAGUCAUCCUGACUUAUUAUCCGGGCGCUAGUGAAGACGCUGGACGAAUUGGGCUGGUAAUCGUGGUCGCGGGUAUGGCCGGCUCCGUCGUUUGUGGUCUGAUCCUCGACAAGACGCAUCGGUUCAAGGAGACAACCCUGGCGGUUUACACGUCCUCUGUCAUCGGCAUGAUCAUAUUUACCUUCACAUUGGAUUGCGGAUUGAUCGGCGUGGUUUACUUGAGCAGCAUAAUACUUGGAUUCUUCAUGACCGGCUACUUGCCUGUUGGCUUCGAGUUCGCUUCCGAAGUGACGUAUCCUGAACCAGAAGGGACUACCUCCGGAAUACUGAACGCUGUUGUACAGGUGUUCGGCAUACUGACGACGCUGCUGUACGGCUGGAUGCUGGACGAGGUCGGCGACCGCUGGGCCAACCUCACGCUGUGCGCGCUGCUGGCGCUCGGCGCCGCCGUCACCGCCGCCAUCCGCUCCGACCUGCGGCGCCAGGCGGCACAGAACAAGGCCUGAACGAGGCCCCCACGUGCGAUCAAACGCGAUCUGUUUUAAGCGCCAUUUUGGAACGCAAGUCAAUAAUUUCGUUAUUAAAUUUCCUUGAAAGACGAGACCUAAGGCAUAUAUUGCUUUCAACUAAAGAGGUUGGCUCAUGGGGCCUACAGACAACCUUAAAAUCAAUUGCGAUUGCGACAGUGGUGGGGAGGACCCUAAGGCUCCCCGCGCACUAGGAAACCUGGCUGCGGCAACCGUAAUAUUUGAGCAGCCAGUCAUAUUAGCCAAUCGACGCCAAUUUAUGAUCUUUUCGUCGAGCGAUUCGGAUUUUAUCUCGUAAAAAACGCAAAGCAAAGAAAAUACACUGGAUUCAUUCUCUUUUUUUCCAAAACAACAUUCAAAAGGCUUAUUCUAUAACUAUUUUAAAUAUGUUCAUACAUAUCCAAACCGGUAUUUUUUUAAAUACAAGAGAUUGUACAAGCAUACUGUGUCAUACCUAUGACUAACAUUUGGCAAACAAAUAUGCAUUGGCUGCUACAGCAAGUGCGCGGGGACUGACGGCAGCCACUUACAUUCGCCGACACUCGCUCUGGCUGCGCGCGGCCAAGAGUUCCGGGCUGCUUAUGUGCACUGGCUCCCAUACAACGCCAUAUAUUCAUCUGGCUGCCGUAACCAGGCUGCCUAGUGCGCGGCGAGUCUAAAUCACCUCGUGUAUAGGCAAAUCGUAACCCGAUUUUUAUUAUUUACCCUAAACUCGCUUCGGACGAGCUCACGAUUUAGGGACGAUUAUCCCCACCACCGCUGUCCCGAUAUCGCCACUGAUUUUAUGGUCGUAUGUAGACCGCUUAAGAUAACGGUUAUAUUGAUACGCUUCACGUUUGGAAUAAUUUAAAAAGAAUAUUACAGAUACCUUAAAUUAUAACCUCGAAAAGUAUUUUGGCCCAAAUUGGUUAUUUGUAAUUUCUGAACUGCAAAGGGUUACACUGUUAAUAUACUAAAUGACGCUGAAAACAAAUAAGCUUUCGCCUGUUAAUAUUAUGAUCACCCUACCUAUACGAGGGAACCUAAGCAGUAUUCUAGUUUGUUCUUCGAUCGUAAUGUUGCCUGUUGUGAAAAAUGAACUAGGCAUUUAGUGAUAUUAAUAUAGCUUCGUCAACAGACAGAGUUCUUAUAUUCUUCUGUGAUGUACCAUGCCGUGGUGACGACACGGACACUGUAGGCCCAAUAGAACAUAAUAUGUAUAAAAAAGUUUGGAGACAUUUUAAUGAAACGAUUUCAUAAUUAUUACAAGUUUUACUUGAAAUAUUCCCUUGAAAAGCCUUGUAGGUUAAUAAGGUUGAUGUUUGCCUACGUAUGCCGCUAGGGGCGCUGUUCCAACAGCAUACAAAUUCGAGUUAACUUUUACGCUAUCGAGAACGUUAAAAAACUCGCACUAAGCAGACAGACGUUCUGGUUAAGAAGCGGGAUUGAUUAUUAUUGGUUUUAACCAUCCGCGCACCAACACGCAAAACGUUUCUCCGGAAGAAAUAAUAAUAUUAUAUUUAAAACAAAAUCAGAGAAAUACUUUUUACUGGUGGUAGGACCUCUUGUGAGUUCGCACGGGUAGGUACCACCGC